AUUCAAAAAAUUUAAAAAAAAGUGACAAUUCCAAAAAAAUGUCAACAAAAUCAAAGAUCUUCUCGAAAGUGCUCCAAAAAGUCGCUGAAAAUCCAGAACUAGCAACAAAACUCCUCGAAACUACAUCUGAAGCCCUUCCAAAAAUCCUCAAAGCUCAACAAAGGCUAUCCAGCCUUUCAAAUCUCCAGCAAGUCGCUCCUCCCCCAAAACCACCCAGCAACUUCUUCAAAAAGGUCCGUCGUGUUUUUCGUUAUGGACUCAUUGGAUCAACGAUCGUUGGAACUGGUCUGAGUCUUCAUAAUGCCAACUACGACUGGAGUGGAAUUGGAAUCGUUAGAUUUACAAGAUCAGCAACUGCCUUAGUCGAAAUCGCAUCUUUAUACCAACGUGAGCUUUACUUCAAAUCUUGGGACAAGUCAUCCAAAGAAUAUCGUGAGCAGCGCAGUGUUGUUCAUCAAAAAGCAGCAAAUCGUCUCCUUGAACUUUGUUGCCUUAACCGUGGCGUUUAUGUGAAGGUUGGACAGCACAUUGGUGCUCUUGAGUAUCUCCUGCCAAUUGAGUAUGUCAACACAAUGAAGAUCCUUCACAGUCAGGCACCAGCAAACUCAUUAGAGGAUAUUUAUCAAGUCAUUCGACAGGACCUUAAGAGAGACCCAUCCGAACUCUUCCUCACAUUCGAUCCAGAGCCAUUAGGAGCAGCAAGCUUAGCACAAGUUCAUCGAGCAACCUUGAAAAACGGUGCAGAUGUAGCAGUCAAAGUUCAGCAUCAUUAUGUCCGAGGAAAUGCAAAAGUAGACACAGCAACCAUGGAAUAUUGUGUUCGAAUCAUGGAGUGGCUGUUCCCAGAAUUUAAAUUCAAGUGGUUGGUUGAUGAAUCCAAGAAGAAUUUACCAAUUGAAUUGGACUUUUUGCACGAGGGGAAGAAUAUUGAGAAGGUUCGUCGUCAAUUCCAAGAUGUUAAAUGGCUGAAAAUUCCAAAAGUAUUUUGGGAAUUGUCCACUGAUCGUGUGUUGGUGAUGGAGUAUCUAGAAGGUGGACAAGUCACUGACUUGAACUAUAUGAAGAAGAAUAACAUUGAUCCAUUUGAAGUGUCUAAUAAGCUUGGUGCCUUAUAUGCUAAUAUGAUCUUCCUUAAUGGAUACGUCCAUAGUGAUCCUCAUCCGGGUAACAUUCUGGUCCACAAGAACAAGAAAGGUGGCACCGAUAUAGUUCUACUUGAUCAUGGUCUUUAUGCUGACCUCUCAAACCGCUUUCGCUAUGAAUACGCAAAGCUCUGGCUGAGCAUUCUCAGAGUUGACCGAAAAGCCAUGCGUGCUCACGCCUACAACCUAGGAAUCAAAGGUGAUUUAUAUGGUGUCUUUGCCUGUAUGGUCACAGGACGUCCAUGGGAGAGCAUCAUGCAAGGAAUUGCCAAAAAGAGACCAGAUGCUUACGAAAAGGAACUUUUACUUACCGGCGGUGCCUUAGUCAUUCCAGAUAUUGCAGAAAUUUUAGAGAAGGUUGAUCGACAAAUGCUGUUGGUGCUUAAAACGAACGACUUGAUUCGCGGAAUUGAGUCAACAAUUCAAACUCAAGACAGAAUGACAGCAUUUUGGGUCAUGUCAAAGUGCUGCGUCAAGUCUGCUGCGAGGGAGGAAAUUGAGAGGAGUGCAAAUUAUUGGAAGAAAUUUUCAUUGGCAAUUCGAGCUAGUUGGUCGCUAUUUAAGAUUAACUUCUUUUAUUUGUAUUUGGGAUUUAAGCAAGGAUGCCUGUUAGCGACAAUGAAGCAGCUUGUUAUUUAAAUAAUUUAAGAUUAUUGUUGUAAAUUUGAUGACCAAAUCGAAAUUAAUUAUUAUUUUAUAGUUUUCCGUCCGAAUAAAUCUUAACCGAAUAGCAUAAGUCGGUCAAUCGAUCAGUAAUCCGGAUCUGAAGAUCAUUCCAGAGUCAUGCCAGCAUUUCUAUUCAAUUAACCAACUUGUGUCAUUCGGGAUAAUUAGGUUGAAUGAUUCGAAGGGGAUAACAACUUGGUGGGGAAGUGAUUUAACGGGGAAUUGAUAGAGUUUGAGAAGAAACUUUCGACUCUAUUGAGAAAUUAGUUUGAAAUUCAAUUUCGAAGAAGAAUCAAUGAGAAUUUUCAAUCAAAACGUUUCCCCAUCAUGCUGUUACCCCCUUGGAAAAUCCACUCAAUAUUUCAAUUUAAUCAAAAAAUAUUUAUUUUUGUAUGAAAAUAAUCCGCAAAUAAUGAAACAAAUUCAAAAACUUCAAGGGGGUCCUCGGUUUGAAAAAUUGUUUAAAUCUAGAAAAAUCUUUCUUAAAUCAAGUAUCCUCUAGAACCUGAAAUUCCAUUCACAAUUAAUUGGUGAUCUAUUGGUGCUGUCUACUCUUUCAACAUAGUUAAAAACUCAAAUUUAUGUCUAGCUUUUUGAAAUUCUACGAAAUUUUUGAAAUAAAAUGCAAUAAAUCUUGUAAAUAAAAUAAAAAAUGAAUUUGGAAUUAUUUUUAAAUUUUAAUGAAUGAAGGCUGAGCUUAAGGUUUCUAAAAAUAAAACAAUAAAGGCACUAAAGGAUCUCUAAACGAGUGUUAAAGAAAGUCUCAAACCAAUUUAAAUUCAAAUAAUUCAACAACUUUAUUCCGAAUUUUCAGUAAAAUUGGCAAUUUCAUUUGAAAACUGGCACAAAUUUGGCAAAUUUUCCACAAAUUCUUUAACUUCAUCCUCAGAAUUCACAAACAUUUUAUCAACACAAAUAUUUCUUUCCAAAUUUAAGGUCUUCAAGCUUGUCAGUCCUUCAAAAGCUGUUGUGUGAAUUUCCUUAAUUUUGUUCCCAAAAAGCCUGACGAACUCCAACUUUGGAUUAAAUUUGAAUAAAUCAGCAUCUAGAUAUUCAAAAUUAUUGAAUCUAAGGCACAAAUACACCAAAUUCGGGAACUGCUUUAAAUCCGGCUGAUUAAUUUCCUCUAAUUGACUGUUCCAGACUGCCAAAUAUUUCAGAUUUUUGAAAAUUUCUCCAAAAUUCGUUGGCAUAAAAUGCAAUGUUUUACGAUUAAUAAACAGCUCGGUGACGUCAUUGUUGGAUUUUUCACUGGCAUGGCUUGUUAGUCGACCAUAGACAAUGUCAACUGUCGAGUUCCUUGUUGUGAUAUAAAAUGGAGUCUUUAAGAAGCAUUCAUAGAACUCGACGUACUGAAAGUCAUGAUGGAAGGUUGUAAAAUCUUUUUGGAAUGAGCACUGGAAGGUGAUUGACGCACUUGAUGUGUUUGAGGUUGCUAUUGUGAGGAUGGUGAUUAGGUACGGCA